AUGUUUGAAGGAGAAAACCAACGGGAGGAAACACUACAAAAAGAAGAAGGGCCCCAGUGUGUAGCUUGUGUGAAAGCUGGAUGGGCAUGUCCAGGCUAUAGUCGUCGCUGGCGAUUCGUUGAUGAGAUGGAUGGAUUGAAAAAGCUCUACUCCAAGAAGAGAUAUAUUUUUGAUGAACAAUGCAAUGAUCACUGGAAAUCCACUUGGGAUGGCCAGGAAAUAGUGCUCUGGGACAUGCAGCUGAACACGAUUGGUGCGCAUAAUGCGGCCAUGUUCAUCUACUUCCUGGAAAACCCGCGAACCCAGGCGGCUUUCCCCCUUGCAUACCAUGGGAGCUUCUAUAGACAUAUUCCUAGCCGGUUAGGCCACAAUAUGGCUCUUGACUCAGGAAUUUCGUGUCUUUGCAGUAUCUUCAUCGAGCGUUUGACAGGGCAGAACACCACCACUGCGAUUCUCGAGGAGUAUGUGAAAAGUCUACGAAGACUUCGUCGAAUGCUGAACGAUUCCAAGUCAAAUCAGGAUGCAGAGACACUAUGCGCCUCUAUAAUAUUACAGCUAUGUGAGCUCCUGAUUAACACCGACUUUGGUCGGUGGAUUGAUCUUUGCCAGGGGUCUAAGCAUCUCAUCCAGCAAUGGGGACCCGACAGAUUUCGUGAUCCUUUUGAAAGAGAAAUGCUUGAGUCGCAGGGUGGUUUUAUCGUAAGUCUCCGAAAAGGGCCGCAUUUUCCUGCAUAA